AUGAUGUAUGGAAGGUAUUAUCACAAUAUAGCAUUAAAUAGAUUUUUAGAUCAAGACUUUUCUUCUUACCAUGUUUUAGAGCUAGACUUAUAAUAGGGCUCGCUUUCAUAAAAUAAUAUGGCUUCCUUAGCAUCAAGCUUAACAUAAUGCAUUCAUCUUAGAAAACUAACUUUGUUGAUAAGAAGUAAAAAAUUAAAUGAUGAUAUGAUAUCUAAUUUAGCUUCUGAAUUGCCAAAUUGCAGUCAAUUACAAUCUUUGACUCUCUAUUUAAAGGCCAAUCAAAUAAAAGCAAAAGGAUUGAUAAAUUUGAGCUCUUGUCUAGUUAAAUGCUUUAAUUUGAAAUCUUUAAAUCUCAACUUGUCCAAAAAUGAAAUUGGAAAUGAAGGUGUGGUUUCAAUGAGUUAAUUCUUAUAAGAUUGCAAAAAUCUAGAAGAAUUAAAUCUUAAUCUGAGAAAAACUGGAAUAAAUGAAUAAACUGUGAUAACUUUAAGUUCUAAUAUAUCAAAAUGUGUAAUCUUAAAAUCUUUAACUUUAAAUCUCAGUCAAAAUAACAUUGAUUCGUAGGGUUCUGCUGGUUUGUUUCCUAGCCUAUUAAAUAUUCAAAGUCUUUUAAAUCUCUAAUUAAAAUUGGUAUAAAAUUAACUAUAAUUUGAUCAGGAUCCUGUUUCUACCUUUGCUUAGACUGAUUGCAAAAAUCUCUAAUCUUUUUCACUUUAUUUGAACUAUAACAAAGUAAACUCUGAAGGGAUUGUCUUUAUAACAUCGAUUGUAGAUCAAUUAACAAACUUGAAUAGUCUUUCAAUCAGCUUAAACAAUAACAAGAUUGAUGAAAAAAAUAGCUCUAAAUUAGGUACUUUACUUAAAAGCUGUUCUAAUAUCUAAAUUUUAAACCUGGAUGUUAAGAAGAGUAUUAUUGGAGAAUAAGGAGUAUCUAAUAUAGCUAUAGGAUUAAGAAAUUGCUAAAAUAUUAACAAUCUUACACUUAAUUUAAGUGAGAGCUAACUUAAUUGUACAGAUGUUGCUUGCUUAGCUUACUCUCUUUAAUAGCUACCAAAAUUGGAGAAUAUUGAUUUAGAUUUCAAAUAAAAUGAAAUCAAUGAACAAGGUGCCUAAAGUCUUGGAAACUCUUUAGCAAAUUGUCUAAAUUUAAAAAACCUCAAAUUGUCUCUCUCCUCAAACAACAUUGGAGAAGAAGGAGCUUCAUUUUUAGGGUCUGCUUUAGGGAAAAGUUCUUCUAUUUAAAAUCUCUUUAUUGAUUUGGGAUCAAAUGAAAUAAGAGCUGAAGGAGUUAAAGAUUUAGCUGUUGGAUUGAGAAGCUGUUUGAGUUUAUCGAGUUUAAAUGUAAAUUUCAACUUCAAUAAUAUCAGAUAAAAAGGAGUAAAUGAGUUAGCUUAAGCCUUGGCUAGCUUUUAGAACCUCAGAAAUUUAAUUCUUGAUAUAAGUGAAAACAAUUUGAUGCAAGUAGCAACACAAAAUUUAUGUAAUGAUUUAGCUAAAUGCCCUAAUUUAGUAUCAUUAAAAAUUAAUUUAACCCUCAAUAAAAUUGGUUCAUAAGGAUUGUCGCACAUAGCUUCUUCUUUAAAUAAAUUCAAAAAUCUGAUCAGUUUAUCUCUCAUUCUUUGCCAUAACUAAAUUGGUGAAAAGGGCGCGGUGCAUCUCAGUCAAGCAUUACAAGAAAAUUAAACUCUUAUUGAUCUGUAUAUAGACAUUAAUGAGAAUAAUCAUGAAUAUGGUGAAAUAGCUAUAAAGUAAAAUACCCUCAAAAUGAAAAGAUUAGUAAAUAGAAUAAUAGAGGAAUAUUGA